GUGAAAUAAUUAUUUUAUACUCCACGUCGAUGGGCGCCGCGGGGUCUGUCGUCCUCGAGACGGCGCCGCCAACGCCCGUGCUCACGCCGCGCGUGCUCUCAGCCGCACAGACAAAGACGCGACUCACACCCGACGAGCUCGAGAUCCUCGGGGGCCACUUUAGCCGGGCGAUGGACGGCAGCGCCAUCUCGAGCGAGCCGGCGUCGCCCGGCAUUGAUUUGCGCAAGUUUCAAGUCGUGCUCGGACUCCCUGAGAAGGAGUCGCUCUAUGUCGACCGCAUCUUUACGCUCAUGGACACCAACAAGGACGGACUCAUUACGUUUGACGAGUUUACUCACGUCGUCACACUCCUCUCGACGAAAGCGCCGCUCGCCGACAAAAUUGCGUGUACAUUUUCGUUUGCGAUCCUCGAUUUAGACGGCGACGGCAAGCUCUCCAAGACCGAUGUCCACGACGUGCUCCUCGCGAGCAUUUCGGAAAACAGCAUUUUGCUCACGAACGACCAAGUCGCGCUCAUCAUUGAGCGCACGUUUGCUGACGUCGAUCUCGACGCCGACGGGUGCAUUAGCCUCGACGAGUACAGCGCGCUCGUGGGCCGCAGCGAUGGUAUGCUCGCGCACUUGACGCUCAAUUUGUCGUACCUUCUGAACCUCACGACGACACCGGUGGUCGUGCCCAGUGUAUGAAAUAACUCUGUAUAAAACGCUGUAAAUACCAGUGGAUGGAAAACGAA